CACAUCUCUAACAUUUCCUCACCUCAUCCUGCACCUACUCCCUUCAUGUUAUCUGUUGCAGGCUUGCAGCCUUCUUCUCUUCUAGCAUCGUUCUUUCCGGCGAGCACAGCAACGACGGUGGUGAGCACGACUCCUCCUUUUCUCACCGGCGACAUCGUCACCUCCCUUUUCUCCUCCUUCCUCCAACCGCGACUACCUCUCCCUCUCUGCUUGCGACGACGCCCUCUUUUCCUGCCAUCACACGAACAGUACACUUGCUUUCUCUCUUCGACCUUGCGAAAUCAAUUUUCAACAAAUCUACCGUAGAAGAUUCAAGCUUAGUGGAGGUAUAGAAAAAAAUGAGGCUAAACGUAAAGCACGUUACUUAAAACAAAUUCGGCAUGACAGCUCUAAGUUUACGAGGGCAACUUGGUAAAAACUCAUAAACCUCCUAUUUUCCACGCUUCUUCCUCCGUUUAUCCGUUACCUUCAUCACUUCACUUCACCUGCAUUCUAUUGCACUGUCGUUGGACCUUGAUGAUGGGUCCUUCUACCCUCUCUCUUGUUAUGGUGCAACACUCUUCCACAUCAUCAUCAGGUGGUUGCACUAAGAGAAAACAGAACGUGCAGCUGAGAAAUCCUUUUGCUUCAGUUAGCAUGGGAGAGGAGAAGCCAUUUGAUUUCUUACGCACUUUAUUUGAGGGCGUUAUAGCAGGAGGUACAGCCGGAGUCGUAGUUGAAACAGCUUUAUACCCAAUUGACACUAUAAAAACACGUUUGCAGGCUGCUCGGGGAGGAGAAAAACUAAUACUGAAGGGACUUUAUUCUGGAUUGGCAGGGAACCUUGCUGGUGUCUUACCGGCAUCAGCUUUAUUUGUUGGAGUUUAUGAACCUCUGAAGCAGAAACUGUUGAGGAUGUUUCCUGAAAACCUGAGUGCUUUUGCUCAUCUGACUGCAGGUGCCAUAGGGGGCAUUGCUGCUUCACUGAUUCGCGUUCCAACAGAGGUUGUUAAGCAACGAAUGCAAACUGGACAGUUUACUUCAGCUGCUGGUGCUGUCCGCUUCAUUGCUGCUAAGGAAGGUUUUAAAGGACUUUAUGCUGGGUAUGGAUCUUUUUUAUUGCGGGAUUUGCCCUUUGAUGCUAUUCAGUUUUGCAUCUAUGAGCAGAUUAGGAUAGGUUAUAUGGCUGCGGCCCGAAGAAAUUUGAAUGAUCCAGAAAAUGCAAUUAUUGGUGCAUUUGCAGGUGCACUAACUGGAGCUAUAACAACUCCCCUUGAUGUCAUCAAGACAAGAUUAAUGGUUCAGGGAUCUGCAAACCAAUAUAAUGGAAUCGUAGAUUGUGUUCAAACAAUUAUCAAGGAAGAAGGACCUAGUGCACUUUUGAAGGGUGUUGGGCCUCGAGUACUAUGGAUAGGGAUCGGUGGUUCGAUAUUCUUUGGUGUUCUUGAGGGUACAAAACGUUUUCUGGCUGAGAGGCGUCCUACACCUUCAGAGUCUCAGCCAGAAAAGGUUAAAUAAGAGAUUGCCGCAGCUCCACUUUUCUUGGUGCCAUUUUUCAUGUGUAAUUUGAUAUAUUUUUGUUAUAUUCCCUCUCAAUUUUAAGCGAUAGGAAUAAGAUUACAGUUUCGUUUGGAUAGUUAAUGUAAGGCCUCCACUGAAAGAAACUUAUAACAAAGUCUUGUGUAACAAGUAACUUGUUUACGGGAGUAUCAAGAUUAAGAAAACUAGCCAACGAGGUACAAUACUACAAUAUGAUAUCGUUCCAAACAGAUUUAGGUGUUUUUCAAUCU